UCGCCGACCCUGACUCCGCCCUUUCCUCAUGGAAUCCUCGUGACCCAACCCCAUGCAACUGGCGUGGCGUUUCCUGUGACUCAGCCACUGGCUCCGUCACUUCCCUCAACCUCUCCAGCACCAACCUCGCCGGCCCUUUCCCUUCCCUCCUUUGCCGUCUCCAAAACCUUACCUACGUUUCCUUGUACUACAACAACAUCAAUUCCACCAUCCCUUCCGACAUCUCCACGUGUCAAAAUCUCACUCACCUUGAUCUCGCCCAGAACCUCCUCACUGGUGAACUCCCCCACACUUUAGCUGACCUCCCUAACCUUAAAUACCUGGAUUUAACUGGUAACAAUCUAUCGGGAGAUAUUCCGGAGUCUUUCGGUCGGUUCCAAAGGCUUGAAGUUUUGUCACUCGUUUACAACCUCCUAGACGGUACAAUCCCCGCCUUUUUGGGAAACAUUAGUACCCUAAAAAUGCUCAAUUUGUCGUACAACCCUUUUAGUCCGGGUCGGAUCCCACCGGCGCUUGGCAACUUAACUAACUUGGAGAUUUUGUGGCUCACCGAGUGUAAUUUAGUUGGCGAGAUUCCUGACUCGCUGGGUCGACUCAAGAAACUCACCGAUUUAGACCUGGCUAUUAACCACUUAGUGGGCAAGAUCCCGAGUUCUCUCACUGAGUUAACCAGCGUAGUUCAGAUUGAACUCUACAACAACUCGUUGACCGGCGAACUACCUCGCAGGUUCUCGAAUUUGACCAAGCUGAGACUCCUCGACGCGUCGAUGAACCAGUUAACGGGAACGAUUCCGGACGAGUUGACUCAGCUACCACUUGAAAGUCUCAAUCUUUACCAGAACAACCUCGAAGGAGCAUUACCACCGAGUAUCGCCGACUCACCAGCUCUGUACGAACUGAGAAUCUCUCGGAACCGACUCACGGGAGAGUUACCCCAAAACCUCGGCAAAAACUCGCCGCUUAGAUGGCUCGAUGUCUCUAACAACCUGUUCACCGGUCUCAUACCGCCGAGUUUGUUAGGAUUCUCUUGACUUGAAUUAUAUAGUAGGAUUUAUAGUAGGAUUAGGAUUGAUUAAUUUUAAUUAAAUUAGUAUAUUUUAUUAAAAUAGUUUUUAAAUUUAGUUAAAUUAAAAUAAUAUAUUUUAACUAUAUUAAAAUAAAAUUAUUACAUUUGGUUUUUUUAAAAAAAAAUUAUGGUGUUAAAAAAUUAUUAUUAUUUAAAUUUUAAAAUUUGAAUUUGAGUGUACAUUAUA